AUACAACUUGCAUUUCGUGAAUACUAUCUGGCGCUAGCAACGCAGGCCUGGCAAAGACGGUAAAGGCUCACUGACGCCAGCGCUUACAUUAUCCUAGUUGUAGAAUGCCACCUGCCUGUCGCCACCCUUACUUGAUGCAAUCUGUGAUUUAAUUAAUGUCAAGUUUUAGGCAGUAUGGUCGGAAGACUAAAGCCUGCGCCAUGGGCGGAAAAAAAAUUUCAAGUUGACAAUGUCAACUUUCCUAUCACUUUCAAGUUUCAAGCCAAAUUUCGAUUUGUGAUUGCCGAUUGGAAUUGAGAUGCACUUCCUACACGAUUUUGAUCCUGAAACAUCUGCACGUGAAAGAAGAAAACUUAAUCGAAAAAGCUAUUUUAUGAAUCGUAAUAAAAAUAUUUACAAUGAACGAGGGCAGAUAGCUGCUACAGGCAGGGACCUCUGUGAUUGUUUAGAUGAGAAAUGCCCUGGUUGCCAUUUUCCCUGUCCAAAAUGUACGUCAGCGAAAUGUGGAACAGAAUGCAGGAUAAAUAGAAAAUGGAUGUAUGAAAAAAUUGAAAUUGAAGGCAAUGACUUUUGUAUUAAGAAUAUUUAUAAAAAGAAAUAA